AUGGAGGCCCGGCCGGGGGGUUGGGGGCAGGGACGGCUGGGGGCACCGCGUCACAGGCCCCGUCCAAGGGGCCGGCCAUUGCUGUUGUCUUUUCUUCAGUUUUAUUUUCUCUUGUUUUCCUUUCUGCCUUCUUUUUCUUUCUCUCUUUCCUUUUUUUUUUCUCCUCCAAUUUUCUCUGCCUUUAACUCUACCAAAGCCGAGACAGUAGCAGUCAGUGAAGUGUCCAGGCAAGGACCCCGCGGCUGGGUCCACCAACCUUGGGCCCAUCCCUCCUCGCCGUCUCCGUCGGCAUAUGCUAGGCGGGCAGUCCCCAUUCACUCCCCGCCACCACCUUGGAUGUUAGAAUUGUCUACAGAGCUGGUUGGGGCCUUGCAGCCAGACCCUGGCUCUCAUCUACCACUCUGCUCAUGCCAUGUUUUCUUCCGAAAAAGACCCCUCAGCCAGCCCCAGGGCCAGAGGGAGAGACCAGGCCCCGGCCUUGACCCCGCCCUUGAGCGGCCCUUUGGCCCAAGAGCCCAAGGCCCUGCUUGUCAGGCUCCAUCGGGCCCAUUUCUGGCUUUCAUCCCCCUCCCCGCCCCGCCACCAGGGAAGUGGGAACAGCCAGUGGCACGGGGAGUGGGUGGCAUGUCCCUGUGGGACACCUCCUCCAUAGGCUCACCUCGGACCAUGGUGUCCCUCAUGACUGCACCCCACAGCACCCCGGGCUCAGGGCCCCUCCCUUCCUUGCCUGCUGUGUGUCAGAAUAAGGCAGAAACACCAGGGACCAGGCUCCCACCUGCCAAUGCGGUUGGGGUUCAUGCCCUGGGAGCGGGGAGGGCAGGGUGUUGGGUGCUUUUGUUUUUUGUAUUUUUUUGA